AUGCCACCUUUCAAGGAUGAGCACGUCCUCAUCAUCGCGCCUGGUUCGCAAAUUACUGCCGCGCAACUGGGUCUCCCUGAAUCAUUCACUCCUCCGCGAUAUCGUUUUCCUACUCGCAUGUUUCCUGGUACAAACCCCGGAGAAUGGGAACCUGUGAAAAUUCGUUCCAAGAUCACAACUGUACCGAAGUCAUCUGAACCUGCUACAAAUGGCCAACCAUCCGCAACCAAUGGAGAGCCGGUUCCGUCUACAGAUGUGGAAAUGUCAGAGGCCCCCCCUGCAGUUGAAGAAGCCGCAAAACCAGAUGCCGAGACACAGACGGAGCCGCAGGCGGAGUCCCUGCCGUCAGACACAGCUCAACAAGAACCUCAAGAUGCAGAAGAAGAGACGACCGAAACCUUCGAAGACGACCACUGGUCUACUGAAGGUGCUGUCUAUCCAAUCCAAGAAGGUCGCAUCGAGAAUUGGUCAUGCUUCUUUGCUCUCUUAUCUCACAUCUACAACAUGAUCUCGCCACCUUUCCACAUGCCGGUUCUUUUCGUCUCACAACCCUGCUGGUCCGAGCGCGAUCACGAAAUGAUCACCCAGUAUGUCUUCGAGAACUGGAAAAUCCCCGCUUUUUGUCUGAUGGAUGCCGCAUUGACGGCUGCUUGGGCUUACGGUGUGCCAUCUGCCCUGGUCGUCGAUGUCGGUCAUGGAAAGUGCGAUGUGACUGCGGUUACAGAGUUUCAGGUCAAUCAUAUUGGUCGCGGCGUUGCGAUAUCUGGAUGUGGUGGUCAAGCAAUGACGAAGCGAUUACAGCAGGGCUUGGAAAGUCAAGGCUUUGAUGAAGAUAUGGCCGAGCAGCUGAAGAAGAGUCCCAUCUGUGAGAUUCUUCCUGCCGGCACGCCUCUGCCGCAGGCAGCUGCAAAUAGAACCGCUGCUAACCCUGCCGCCGCUGCUUCCACGGGAGCAUUAGACUCGGGAAUGAAUGCCAAGGAUGUUGACGGCCUGAGACCAGGUCAAGCACUUCGAGGUCCUGGUAUAGGGACGACGGUUGGUGAAGAAGGUGCAAAUGGUGAGGAUGAAGACAAGGAGGGCGUUCUUGACGUUGCGGCUAUCGUUGCACGAGAUAACGCGGCCGAAGUUCUCGCCAAGCGCGAAAAGGAAAAGGUGGAGAAGGCUGCUGCGAAGAAGGGCGGUGCGGCCGAGGCUCCCAAACAGAUUCGAUUGAGGAAUUCGGAGAGAGAACGAGCGACAUUCACCUACGUUGACUAUGUACCAGUGGAUGAUUCGUCGGCAAAAGACGCUGAGCCAAUGAGUCGGAAGCGAAAGCGAGAGAUUGAAGUUGGCGUGGAACGAUUUAUGGCUGCUUCACCUCCCCCGGGUAUGAGUGACGGAAUUAUCGACAUAAUUGCGGAGGCGAUUCAUCACACCAUUCUCAGUGUCCCUGAAGUUAACUUGAGAUCGACACUUUGGGAUAAUCUGAUCAUCCUCGGCAAUGGAAGUCGUAUUAGAGGAUUCACAUCCAGUCUCCUGUCCGUUUUGAACGCCAGAUACAUCUUGUCGCCGUCGACUGCGACCAUCUUUACCUCAGAGCUGCCUUCCAAUUUUUCCACUCCCGUCGCCACGCCGGGCACGAACACUCCAAUACCCGGACAAGGAAGCUACCCCCUCCACCAUCCUGGAGGACAUGGAGUCAAUCCCCUCUUGGUCGCAGCAACUAAGAACAUGAUGCAACCAAACCAACAUCUUCAAGUCCCGGGACAAAUUCCACCCAUCCCCGAUCCAAACAUGCACCACAGCCAUCGAGGCUAUAGCCAAUCCCCCACUUCGAUCAAGACGGUCAAACCUCCAGACUACUUUCCCGAAUGGAAAGAUCCAAGUGUUAGUGGUAUGGAAGAAGCGGCGUUCCUGGGAGCACAAGUGGCUGCCAAAGUGGUCUUCAUCGUUGAUCAAGGCAACAGCAAAGGCUUUUUGACGAGAAGCGAAUAUAAUGACCUUGGGCCGGCAGGCAUUCAUGACUGUGCAAUGUGA